GUGAAGGACAGCACUCGCUUUUGAGAAGCUCUUGAGAUCAAAGAUUGGGACUUGGAACUUCGGACUCAACAAGGCGGAAGAAAAAGUGAAGAAAGACACUCACUUUUGAGAAACUCCUGAGAUCAGAGUUUGGGGCUCCGAACUCCUGAAAUGGCGCGAAAGAUGGAACCACGACGGAGGAGCCCGAGUGGAAAGUGGGAAUACAUAUGGCCAAUGUGGUUGACGCUGUUGCUUCACGUCGUCGCCAUUUUCCUAUUCACCAGAGGCUUUCUGCUUACUAGAACCGAGCUUCCUUACUACAGCAGUUGCUCCGACAUUUCCCAGUCCCCUUGCUUUUCUUCUUCUGAUAACUUGAACAGCACCACUAAUUCUUCAGAUGGGUCUUGCUGGACUAAACCUGCUAUAAACCGUCUGGUUAUUAUUGUUCUUGAUGCUCUCAGGUUUGAUUUUGUCGCUCCCAGUUCAUUCUUUCCUGAAUCUAAACCAUGGAUGGAUAAAUUACAAGUAUUGAGGAUGGUGGCUUCUAGAAAUGGAUCAUCCGCAAGAAUCUUUAAAGCCUUUGCUGAUCCACCUACAACAAGUUUGCAGCGACUGAAGGGCUUGACUACUGGGGGACUGCCUACUUUUGUAGAUGUUGGGAAUAGCUUUGGUGCACCCGCAAUUGUUGAAGAUAACCUCAUACAUCAGUUGGUUCAGAAUGGGAAAAAAGUUCUUAUGAUGGGGGAUGAUACGUGGACACAACUGUUUCCUCAUCAUUUUGAAAGAUCAUAUCCAUACCCUUCUUUCAACGUCAAAGAUCUUGAUACGGUUGACAAUGGAUGCAUUGACCACCUUAUUCCAUCUCUUCAUGAGGAAAAUUGGGAUGUUCUUAUUUCACAUUUUCUUGGAGUGGAUCAUGCUGGACAUAUAUUUGGUGUUGAUUCCAACCCGAUGAUAGAAAAGUUGCAGCAAUACAAUAAUAUUUUAGAGAGAGUAAUUGAAGAGCUCGAAAGUCAAUCUGGACCUGGGGGUUUACAUGAGAAUACUAUGCUUAUUGUGAUGGGUGAUCAUGGACAAACCCUAAACGGUGAUCAUGGUGGUGGAGGUUCUGAAGAGGUGGAAACUGCUGUCUUUGCUAUGAACUUUAAGAAGCCUCCAUCUUCCAUACCACCAGAAUUUGAUAGUUCUGCUUGUCGACUUGACAUGGAUGGGAAUAAUGUCUGCAUCAGCUCCAUGCAACAGCUUGACUUUGCAGCAACAGUUUCAGCAUUGAUUGGUAUCCCUUUCCCUUAUGGAAGUAUUGGUCGUAUCAAUCCUGAGCUGUAUGCUCUAGGAGCUCGGAGGUGGGAUUUGGGAGCCCCUCAGGAGCCAUCAGAAUCAGAUGUCUGGAUGCAGAAUUAUGCUAACGUGCUAUGUGUCAAUUCUUGGCAGGUGAAGAGAUAUAUAGAUGUUUAUUCAGCUUCAUCAGCUGUUGGAUUUUCCUCUGAUGACUUGUCUCGAAUAGCAAGCACUUAUGCUCAAGCAGAGAGCCAUUGGUUGCAUUCAACUAAGAAGUUACUGUCAGGCAGCAAAAAUGGCAGUGAUACAAUUUUGCCUACGCUUCAGAAGCAAAUUGAUGCAUACUUUAAUUUUCUAGCUACUGUUGCUGAGUUAGCUCGCCUCAAAUGGACCGAGUUUGACUUGAAACUGAUGAUAUCUGGCAUUUUAAUCAUGCUUCUAUCAAUCAUUUUUCAAAUUCUCUCCAUGUUAAGAGGGAACAAGCAGCUUGGUAUAUUUAUGCCACUAUCUGGAGCUUCUGGAAUUUUCUCCAUCUCAACUUUGGCAUAUGUUUUACUGGCAAUCCGUGCAUGCAGUUUCCUUUCAAACAGUUACAUCUUGGAGGAAGGAAAAGUGGCAAAUUUCCUUUUGGCCACAUCUGGGAUUGUGAUGUUACGAUACGCAGUCAGGAAGGAGAAGCUAUUACCAGAGAGUUUUGGAUUCCUUCUCUUGUGCGCGUUUUGUCAAUUUUCCAUUGAAGUUGGGCUGACAAAACAGGCUGCCACAUCUGCUUUCAUGAAAGAACACACUUCAUGGAUCCUCAACAUCACAUCCGGUUUUCCAGUGUGGGAGUUUGUGGCUGAAGUUGCACCCAUGCUAGCUCUGAUCCUGUUGGCAUUUCUACUGUACAAGGCCACCAAUAACAGUUCCUUCAAGUGGGCAUGGAAGUAUACUAUUCGGAGUACCAUCUUGAGUUACAUGCUAAUACUGUUGCAUUGGAUUUCAGACGGUAAUAGGAUCGGUUUUGCACUGAUGCCUGAAAGCAUUGGAAGAAAUUACGUUCCCAGGAUCAUCUAUGCUAUUUCUUUGGGGCAGCUGUUAUUGCUGUCAUUUGGUGCUCUAUUUGAGGAUAACUCUUUGGAUUGCAAGAAAAAUUUAAUCACAAAAACAGUGGCCAUUUUAUCUGCGUGGAGUUCGACUGUCAUUCUUCUUUCUGGAAAGCAGGGUCCCAUGAUUGCCUGUGCAUCCACAAUUGGAGGUUAUUGUAUAUUGAGGAUGGAUAAUACAGGAGAGCGUACUACGGAAAGACCAAGCAGCAGUUCGGCUGUUGAUCCCUUCCGUGUGAUGCAAUGGAGCCUUUUUGCUGUGUGCCUCUUUUUCUGCAGCGGUCACUGGUGUGCUUUUGAUGGUCUUCGUUAUGGUGCUGCAUUUGUGGGGUUUGAAGAAUUUGUUCUCAUUCGUCAAGCAAUCCUCCUAACAAUUGAUACCUUUGGUUUUUCGAUCAUCCUUCCAGUACUCGGUCUCCCAUUUCUUGUAGCAACCAUGAAACAGGCUAAUCAAACAAAACAUUUUAUCUACACACAAUUAUCUCAAGCGUAUGUGAUGUAUGGGCUAAGUACAGCAAUUACAACAACUUUUGCAAUAUUAUGUGUCACGGUUCAGAGGCGACACUUGAUGGUAUGGGGUUUAUUUGCUCCCAAGUUUGUUUUCGAUGUGGUUGGUCUUCUCCUUACAGACAUCUUCACAUGUUGGGCUUCACUUUACUAUUUUGAUCAAGUCAAGGAUGACCAAUAGCUCUAAUAUCAGGAUGCUGAUUAGUUAUAUAUUAUGUUAGUGAUCUGCAUUUCAUUUUUUCAAUUUUUUUUUCACCAAUUCUUUUUCUCCCUAUUUUUUGCAUUGCUGUAUAUAGAUUCAUUCUACGAUCACACAAAUUUUGUAGUUAGAUAUUUCUUUAUGACAGUAUAAGCACAUGAAUCUAUAGCUUGCUCCU